UAAAAGAAGAAUGGGUCUUGCCCAUUCAUCCAGACCUGGCCCACCUUAACCCAAACAAUCCUAGCUGCCUAUCUUCGCCGAAAGAGAGAGCGACGACGCCGAUGGAGAGGAAGGGAAGAACGGCGCCGACCGUCGCCAGAUGGAGGAAGAGCACCACGGCUCGCCACCACCGCUCGCUGGAUGAAUCCGGCUGCCGACGUCUCCAAAAAAUCUCCUUCCGGGAAGCUUGACGAUAAAAAACGAAACUUGCAGUUAGUUUGCUCCUCGUGUUGCAGUGGCGGGAAGAAGGCAAGCCCGAAAGGCAUUAUGAAAAUUAAGAUCAGGAGCUUUAAUUCACUACCAAGACCAACCUCUACGUUAUCCCAAAUCCCUUCUGAGCAGCACCUCCUCUCUUCAUGUAAAGACCUCAGUAAUCUCCUUCAACUCCAUGCCCACUUCAUCACUUCAGGUUUUAAAAUCAACUGUAUGGUAAAAACCCACCUUGUAAACCUCUACGCUUCCUUCGGAAAAUGCCAUUUUUCACGGUUAGUUUUCGACUCCGAGCAAAACCCGCCUUUGAUUCUAUGGAAUUCGAUGAUCAGAGCUUACAACAGAACCAACCAGUAUCGAGCAGCCAUCCAAAUGUACGAUUUAAUGACGCGGAAAGGUUUCCAACCCGACAAGUAUACUUUCACCUUUGUUUUGAAAGCUUGCACCGAGAUGUUGGACUUGGAAAAGGGUCGUGAUAUUCAUGAUGAUGUAUCUAGGAGGAACCUUGAAUGUGAUGUUUUUAUUGGGACCGGACUUGUCUCCCUCUAUUGUAAAACGGGUAAUUUAAAGAGCGCGAGGGAGAUGUUUGAUAAAAUGCCUAAAAAGGACGUGGUUGCUUGGAAUGCAAUGAUUUCGGGGUUUUCUCAGAGUUCAGAGCCUACUGAUGCAUUAGAGUUUUUUAAGUACAUGCAGUUUAGUUGUGGGGUUCAGCCUAAUUCGGUAAGUUUGUUGAAUUUGUUUCCCGCAGUUUGCAAGUUAAUGGACGGGAAGAUUUGCAGGUCUAUUCAUGGGUUUGUUUAUAGGAGGGAGUUCCCUAUUUCUGUUUAUAAUGGGUUGAUUGAUAUGUACUCAAAAUGUGGACACUCCAAUGUAGCUCAUCAUGUUUUUUAUCAGAUGAGAGUGAGAGAUGAUGUUUCAUGGGGUACAGUGAUGGCUGGUUAUGCAUAUACUGGGAACUUCCUUGAAGUUCUGGAGCUUUUUGAUUGCAUGAAAAGAGAAGAUUUGAAAAUGAAUAAGGUAUCUGCUGUAAGUGCAUUGUUGGGAGCUGCUGAGAUGAGGGAUCUAGAAAAAGGUGUGGAGAUUCAUAAUUAUACAAUUCAAGAAGGGAUUGAUUCAGACAUUAUGAUUGCUACUUCUCUGAUGACAAUGUAUGCAAAGUGUGGACAGUUGGAGAAGACUAAAGAAUUGUUUAGAGUGACACAGGAAAGGGAUUUGGUUGCCUGGUCUGCAGUUAUAGCUGCUUUUGCCCAAUCUGGAUAUCCAGAAGAGGCGCUCUCUGUAUUUCGAGAUAUGCAGCAUGAGAAUUUACUUCCAAAUAACGUGACUCUAGUAAGUGUUUUGCCUGCUUGUGGCGAGCUGAUGGCUGUGAAAUUAGGGAAAGGCUUGCACUGCUACGCUGUUAAAGCAGCUAUUGAUUCUGAUCUUUCAACUGGAACUGCAUUGGUAUCCAUGUAUGCUAAGUGUUGCCUAUUUCCUUAUGCCCUCGGUGCCUUCAAUAAGAUGCCAUUUAAAGAGGUCAUAACAUGGAAUGCUUUGAUAAAUGGAUAUGCACAGACUGGUGACUCCUAUCAUGCACUAGAGAUGUUUUCAGAGAUGAGGUUAUCUGGGUUGCAACCAGAUCCUGGAUCAAUGGUUGGUGUGAUCCCAGCAUGUGCUCUCCUGGGUGACAUUUAUCGGGGAACAUAUAUUCAUGGUCAAGUAAUCAAGUAUGGGUUUGAGUCAGACUGCCAUGUCACAAAUGCCCUAGUUGACUUGUAUGCUAAAUGUGGGAAACUCUCCUCUGCUGAAUUCCUGUUUCGUAAUUCCUUUGCUAAAGACGAGGUGUCUUGGAACACAAUGAUUGCAGGAUACGUGCAGAAUGAAUGUGCCAAGGAAGCAAUCUCUGCAUUUCGUUGCAUGGUACUAGCAUCUUUUCAACCUAAUGUGGUCACUGUUGUUAGUAUCUUGCCAGCAAUGUCAUAUCUGACAGCCCUAAAAGAAGGCAUGGCAAUGCAUGCGUACAUCGUCAAGAAGGGGUUUCUGUUCAAUACACUUAUCGGGAAUAGCCUAAUUGACAUGUAUGGAAAAUGUGGUCACCUCGAUAUGGCAGAGCAUGUAUUUCUCGAGAUGAAAAAUAGAGAUACAGUUUCUUGGAAUGCUAUGCUUGCUGCAUAUUCUGUGCAUGGGAAUGUUGAUCAUGCACUUUCCAUUUUCUCUCACAUGCAAGAGAAUGAUGUUGAAAUUGAUUCUGUGUCCUUCAUUAGUGUUCUGUCUGCCUGUAGACAUGCAGGCAUGAUACAGGAAGGGAGGAGCAUAUUUCAGAAUAUGCAGAACAAGUACCAUCUCAAACCAGAAUUACCACAUUACGCGUGCAUGGUAGACUUGUUAGGUCGUGCUGGCUUGUUUGAUGAAACCAUGGAUUUGAUUAAGAAUAUGCCUAUGAAACCCGAUGCUGCAGUUUGGGGAGCAUUAUUGGGUGCAUCUAGAAUGCAUUCCAAUGUGGAGUUAGCUGAGCUAGCACUAAAGCAUCUCAUAAAUCUUGAGGUAGAAAAUCCAACUCAUUAUGUGGAGUUGUCGAAUAUAUAUUCUCAAUCUGGUAGGUGGUUCGACGCAAGAAACACAAGAGUAAGGAUGCAAGCAACCGGAUUGAAAAAGAUUCCAGGACGUAGUUGGGUAAAGUAGAGGAAAGUCCUAUGAAUUUUUCUCAAGUGAACCUGAGGUAUAUGUGGCGGUGUGGCUGCAUACAUAUGCAGAAGGUCAUAUAAUACUUUCCAGAAGAAGUAGAGCACCAAGAAUUACACUGGAAAUUUAGGAAAUGCAAGCCAACCAUACAUCUUCGGGUGCUUGGCAAAGGUGCAACCGAUCCAGAAAGGCUGUUAAAUAUGAAGGAAUUGCCUGCAUCGUGGUACUUGAAGUGACGGUUUGCAAGAAGGCAAGAAGGUAGACUACUUCCAGGAUCUAAUAGAUGUUCGAAAAAAAUUGUCACCACCCGAUACAGCUAGCUAGGAUGGUAUCCAGAUAGAUCAGAGUUGCAAGCCACUGACCCUACUGAAAUGUGAUGGUUUGCAAGAAGGCAAGAAGGUAGACUACUUCCAGGAUACAAUAGAUGUUCGAUAAAAAUUGCCCCAGGCUUGGAGUGGUCGCUAGACUUAAUUGCCUAAUGAGUGCAUGAAGUGGGCUAUUGGCAUGGAUGCAUGAUGAGAUUUUUCUAGGCAAAUUUUUAUGACCCGGUGGCAAUUAACUACAAUUGGUCACCACCCGAUACAACUAGCUAGGGUGAGAAGCAAUGCAAGAUGAUCUAUCUAUGCAAGCUCCAAAGGUAGGUUCAAGAGAGAGCUUGAUGGAUGGCAUCCAGAUAGAUAUCAGAGUCGCAAGCCACUAGCCACUGACCCUACUGAAAUGUAUUAUUUCUGUUUGGCUUAACUAGGUUAUCUUUUCUGCUUUUGUUUGUGGGGUUAAAGGAUGGUUGUUGAUAGAAUGGUGGAUGGGCCAAAUGACAUUAUCUUAAAUGCCUCAAUUCUAGAUCAUAGUUCACUAAUGGCUUAUGUUUAUACUAAGAUGAAAAAUAAAAUUAGGCCUCAAUUAGUCA